AUGAUUGAUUCUAAAGCAAAGAAACAGUAUGAUCAUUUCUUUAGUCUCAACGUCUUGUUACUAAAAGCUGGAGGAAGUUUCGGCGACCAAUAUCCAGUAGGAAGUCCUCUAGGGUUAGUGACAUUAGCUCUCCUCACUGUCUGGUCUGUUGGCGAAUGGCACCAAGUGGUUCUACAUUUCAAAGUCGACGAGGAAAUUACCAUUCGUGGAAUUGGUUCUAUAUUUUCUGGAUACUUGGCAACAACUAAGGGACUCAGUCUCAUUUUCCAGGAUAAGCAGAUCCGCGAGAUUUUGUUAAGCUUAUCGAUGAUGUGGGAGGAUCGGUAUCAGGUGGAACAAAAUAGAACCGUCAUGCUGGCUGAGGCAAAGAAGGCCUACCAAAUGACCCACUUUUAUUUCUUAUCAUGCAUGUUAAUGUCCGCUAUUUUUCAUCUGCAUCCUUACAAGAUUCUGUUGGAACAGUACUUUGAAUCAAAAACAGUUAAUAAUGCGUACAAUUUCACGACCAUUAUGCCCGUGAAAUAUCCCUUCGACAUAAAUUAUGUUGGCAAUUACAUUCCAGUUAUGAUCGUCGAACACACUAUAACAGUGUACUUUUUAAUUUACCUUGCAUCAUCGGAUACGUUGUUUUUCCAGCUGCUGACUCACCUAUGUCUUCAUUUCAAGCUUCUCCAAUACGAUUUGAAAUAUAUUAUUGAACAAACUACGUCGACAGCUGUUUCGGACGAACAAAAAUGUCAAGUACCUGUAAGGCUGUCCAAGAUUGUCUAUCGUCAGAAUGAAUUGUACUCAUUGUGUAAGAGAGUAGAAAAAAUCUUUCGUCCAAUAUUCUUCGCAUCAAUGCUCGUAACGUCUCUCACGAUUUGUGUAUCUCUUCACCAGAUACAACAGGUAGAUCAACAAUACAUAAAGAUUAAAGAUUGCGUUUUAAUGCAAGUGUUCUCUCUCAUCCAUAUAAAUUUGAAUCAGAGAAAAUUUACUGAUUUUGUAUAUAACAUAGACUGGUUUUUUCAAGUGAUGUUCGCUGUUGGUCAAUUUUUCGAAACCUUAGGACCAUUGUCGCAUGGCGUCGUACUCCUGUCUGAAGUUGCAAUUUAUUGUGGAUGUUCAACUAUAUUGAGCCACGAGACAGCUGAAAUAACUCCUGUCUUUAAUUUUCAUAACAAGACCGAGUUAGUAGCGAUUGCUGCUUACAACUGUCCGUGGCUAUGUUUCGGAAAGGAAAUUUGCAAUCAAUUGAAAUAUUUGAUGCUCCGAUCCCAAAGAGCAUUUUGCUUUACAGCUUAUGGAUUCUUCAGAGUCGAUUUGCCCCAGCUAACUACGAUUGUUAGUGCUGCAGCUACGUACUUUACUCUUCUAAACACGCUUGUCAAGCAGAAAUAA